UACCAAAAAGAUUAGAAGCGGGUUAUCUUUUUCACCGCCAUCUCUGGUUAAAACUAACCAGAGUUUACGCCUUUCAGAGGCGUCCUCCACUUGUCUGUCUCCCUCUUCUUCUCUCUCCGUUUUGAGUGUCAGUUCUGGCUUUGUAGACUCCGCUUGCAUGUUGGGUCUUUGCUCUCUUGUUCAUACUCGCUUCUGGGCGGUGUUGUUCAGCCAUGGCGGUUAAGAAACUGUGCGAGUCCUACUCAAAGAGUUUCAGAGGUGAGGUACAGAGAUGGGGUUGUAUGAAGCAGACUGGUGUGAGUUUGAGGUACAUGAUGGAGUUUGGGUCCAGACCCACUGAGAAAAAUCUGCUUAUCUCUGCUCAAUUUCUUCACAAAGAACUCCCCAUAAGAAUCGCCAGGAGAGCCAUUGAGCUCGAGAGCCUACCCUAUGGCUUAUCUGAAAAGCCUGCUGUUUUGGAGGUGAGGGACUGGUAUUUGGACUCUUACCGUGACCUUCGGGCCUUUCCGGAGAUCAAGGAUAAAAAUGAUGAAUUGGAAUUCACGCAAAUGAUUAAGAUGAUUAAAGUGAGACACAACAAUGUGGUUCCCACAAUGGCUUUGGGUGUUCAACAGUUGAAGAAAGGCAUUAAUGUGAAGAUUGUUUAUGAGGAUCUGGAUGAGAUUCAUCAAUUUUUAGAUCGUUUCUACAUGUCAAGGAUUGGAAUUCGCAUGCUUAUUGGGCAGCACGUAGAGCUGCAUAAUCCAAACCCAGCUCCAGAUUGUGUGGGUUAUAUACACACAAAAAUGUCUCCUGUGGAGGUAGCACGAAGUGCCAGUGAGGAUGCCCGCUCUAUUUGCUUACGAGAGUAUGGCAGUGCACCGGAUAUUAGUAUAUAUGGGGAUCCCAAUUUUACAUUCCCUUAUGUUCCAACACACUUGCAUCUCAUGGUAUUUGAGUUGGUUAAAAACUCCUUGCGUGCUGUCCAAGAGCAGUUUAUGGACUCUGACAAAGUUGCACCUCCUGUUCGAAUAAUAGUUGCUGAUGGAAUAGAGGAUGUUACUAUUAAGGUCUCAGAUGAAGGGGGUGGAAUCCCAAGAAGUGGCCUCCCUAAAAUCUUUACAUAUCUUUAUAGUACUGCAAAGAACCCGCUGGAUGAGCAGUCAGAUAUUGGGUCAUCUGGUGGGUUAACAAUGGCUGGAUAUGGAUAUGGGCUUCCAAUCAGUCGCUUAUAUGCGCGAUAUUUUGGCGGGGAUCUGCAAAUUAUCUCCAUGGAGGGAUAUGGAGUGUUUUUUAAAGAAUAUAAAAUAGAGGGAUAAUUAGAAGAAAGAGAAGAUACGAACCGUAUAAGAGCUUAUAUGAUGGAUGAAUCAUAACAGCAAAUUUGACCUUAGUAGGAGCUAUAUUGAAUCUUCAGUGUCCAGACAGUAGUUCUACUGUAAAUCAGACAAUAUACAUAAUCUUAAAUCUCAUCUACAGCCAUCUUGAGCCAACUCUCUGGUGUACCCUCACUGGGCUCUAUUGCGAUAGCUAAGGGUCAGAAGAUGCCCGAUCCUAUUCUCUGUUUUUUUUUUGUUUUUUUUUAUGUAUAUACUUCUUGUAUACAUAGGGUGCACCCCUUUUCAUUGGUGCUCUUUCAGUAGAUUGUAUGUUUGCUUAUCAAAAAAGAAAUCCCUGUGGCCUUUCAUGUGAAAGCAGCCCAUUCUAAAUUCUCCUUUUUUUAACCUUGGGGGUAUGCCCAUUGCCAACCUUGAAGGAAGUCCUCUUUUUGCAAUAGAAACUUGUAUUUUUGUAAUCAAGGCACUGAUUCUUGGAUACUCAAACUUAAAAAGCUUUAAUUCCUGACUCUUGGGUGUUGGCUAAA